AUGACUUCAGAUUACGGGCACUUGAUUGGUGGUCUUGCGGGUGGUAUUACUAGCACUUUGGUCUGUCAUCCAUUGGAUUUUCUACGGAUCAGAUAUUCAGGUAUUGUGGUUAAUAAUGCUUUAAUGAGGUUUUUUUAGCUGAUGAAGGGAGCAGCACUCGGCCUCGAUACCGUAACUAUUGGCAUGCAGCUAAACUUAUUGUACGUGCCGAGGGUAUCAGAGGACUAUAUCAAGGUCUUACUCCGAGUAUUAUAGCUUCCCCGUUGUCGUGGGGGCUGUACUUUCACAUGUAAGUUUAAAUAACGUCACUUAAUAUUGUAAACAAAGUAAUGAAGCCCUUUAAUAUACUGUACUAUUAUUUGAUAUUGUCCUUUGUGUCUUACAGUUAUAUUGUAGAUACCACCAGCUACACGACUACAGCGGAAUGAGUAAACAAGACCCCAGAUUUAUAGUAAACCUGGGACUAGGCUGCGUGUCUGGAGCUAUUGUUAUGGCAUUCACAAAUCCCUUAUGGGUCGUGAAGACGAGAUUAUGCCUUCAAUAUGAAUACCAAAUCAAGCGUUAUAAUGGGUUUGGUGAUUGUUUUUUGAAAAUAUGGAAAACUGAAGGAAUAGCCGGCUAUUAUAAGGUAAGUGAAACUUGUCAGAAGUUGAUAUUAAUAAAAGCCGGUGAAAAAGUCGUCCAAUUUUUUUAAAUUGACUCUUUAUUUUUUAGUUACUCUUAUAUUAAAAAACUAAUAAGUGUUUUAUUUUAGGGAUUUGUACCAGGGUUAAUUGGUACCGUCAAUGGUUCUAUUCAGUUCGCGAUUUACAACUUUUUGAAGGAUCAACGAACACAGUACUUAAACAUACCUAAUGACACUCAAUUGGUGAGUUUCUUGUUUAUAUUCUAAUCAGAAUCAACUUAUAGGGCCCCGAAUGGUACCUUUUGUUCUCUUCUAUUUCUAAAGUACUAUCAACCGUACUCACAUUCCCUUACCAAGUAGUGCGCACUAGACUUCAGGCAAGUUGUUUAGUUUUAAAAGUCAAAUGUUUUUUUUUAAUAUUGUGAGAUGAAAAGGCAAACUACAGUAAAGUUGUGAUGAAAGAUAUUAUCUUUAGGAUCACAACACAAACUACCGCGGGUUAAUACACUGUUGCCAGUCGACUUUCAAGCUAGAAGGCAUUAAAGGCUUCUACAAGGGCAUGGUGAUGGCUACAGUGAAACAACUUCCCACCGCUGUCAUCACCUAUACUGUGUACGAAUAUGCCAAGAAGAUACUAUAG